GUCCAUUGCUGCGAUGUAUAUCAUGGCUGCGAGGAGAUCCAGGCAGAGGUGGCUUAUGUUCUAUCAGAUGUUCUGCGCUGGCUGCAGCUGGUGGACGAGCACCGCGCCACGCGGACCUGGGCACCUAACUUCGCGUUCAAACUGGUGGCGGAAGCCUUGAGGCAAGAAAAGGAGAAACCAAAGUUCGACUUGUCUUGCUGCAAGUUCUGGAUGAAUGCAGGAGAGCAAGUGACCGUCCCUGUGUGUGAAGCAUUUCUGGAAGAGACUGAAAUGUAUGGAGUUUCAAGAAGUUCCUUACAGCCCUCUUUCGGCAUGGCAGAGGCGUGUACAUGCAUGACCUACAACAAUCAAUUCGAGGUUGCUGCUGCCAGCCGCUUGGGACGCUCGGCCUUUGUGAAUUUGGGCCCUCCAGUGCCGGGCAUCGAGAUCCGCAUUGCCAACGAAGACGGAGAGACCCUCGCAGAGGAGGAGGUUGGGCGCUUCCAGAUCAGAGGACCUGUGAUUACACCCGGAUACCUGAAAAAUGAAGAAGCCAACAAGGAGGCCUUUGUUGAGGAUGAUUGGUUCAACACCGGUGACAUUGGAUUCCUCCGAGCGGGCCAACUUUAUCUUACUGGAAGAGAGAAGGAGAUGAUCAUCAUUCGUGGGGCAAACUUCUACUGUUACGAGGUUGCUGUGUUUCAAGACCGUGGCCAAGAAAGAACAAAGCAAAGGACAAGGAAUACUUCUGGAGAUUUAUUACAUGGGCAACAUAUGCACAAUCACAUCACCAUAUGCAUAAGGAGCACCCUUCUUGAAAAAGAGAAAGCACGUUCACCUUCUGCACUUUGGGCUCAACAAGAACGCUACUAGGGGCUCCUGGCCUUACUAGGAACAAGAACGCUACUAGGAGCAAGGCAUCGCUACUAGUAACAAAGGGC